AUGGCCGCCCCGUCCGGAAAUUCGGGCGCGGGCGAUGCGUCCAACCGUCCGCCCUCGCAACAUGUCCUGGGGAUCCCUCGCCCUCCCUCCGUUGGGGGCAUUUCGUCUCGCGUGACGGAUAUCACGGAUGAUGGUGAACAGUCGCAAACGAAUACCGGCGUGUCCUCAUCGCAGCCGCCGCAGUCACGGCCGUCCGUGUCCAGACGAGGUCCUCCCCCUGCGCGAAGCUCGGUCAUCAGUCAAGGAACCAACAGACCAGGAAGCUCGGGCAGUCGACUGAGCCGUAGCCAUAUCCCAUCGCUAACGGCGCAAGGCUUCUUUCGUCCGAUGUCCUCCCAGCGCCUUCAGGCUCACCGCGGUCGUCCCAUGACGAAAGGCACUACGGCAUCCUCUGAGGAUUGGGGAGACCAGACAAGCCAGAACCGACGGAGUCUGAUUUCCAACAGUACGUUUCAGCAGAGCUCGAUUCCUCCAAUGGAGCAGGAAGUGCCGCCAUCACGCGGCACCGAAUUCACCGACCCUAUCAUACCGGACCGCAACACAUCCAACGCCAGUCCCACCGGUAACACCACUGCCAGGAGUAUGGGCGAGAGUGCCAAAUUGCUCCAUGACAAGGAAAGGAUCAAAAAGUCGCCGCCCCAUCUCAACCUGGGUAUCAACUAUAAUGGCGGAAAUGGCCCGGAGACACCCCAAAGGUCUCCGCUGUCGUUUUUGACCUUGCAGAACAAGAAUGCAGGACAGGAGCACCGGGACGGACGGAAUCAUGAGCGGUUAUCGUCAGCAGGCUCAUCUCCCAAGUCUCUCGAGAAGCAGAACCGGGCUAUGGAAAAAGGCCUCCAGGGCAAAAAUUAUGAGUACUUUAUCGGGAAUACUAUCUUCUGGGGCGGCGGGAGACUUCAGAACUCCCGGGACAAACCGGUCAACAUUGCAACUGGCAUCUUUGUGAUAGUGCCUUCGGCGCUAUUCUUUGCCUAUUCAGGUCCCUGGCUUUGGCACAACAUUUCACCUGCAAUUCCGAUCCUAUUCGCAUACUUGUUCUGUGUCUGCAUUUCUUCGUUUAUUCACGCGUCUGUGGUGGAUCCCGGGAUUAUCCCUCGCAAUCUCCAUCAGAUGCCUCCGCCGGACCCGUCAGAUGAUCCUUUGGCGAUAGGGCCGCCAACCAACGACUGGGUGAUGGUCAAACUCGCCACAUCCGAUGUGGCAGCGAUGGAUGUGCCGGUCAAGUACUGCAAGACCUGUAGCAUUUGGCGACCGCCGCGGUGCUACCACUGUCGUGUGUGCGACAACUGUGUAGAGACGCUGGACCAUCAUUGUGUCUGGCUCAACAACUGCGUCGGUCGCCGAAACUAUCGGUAUUUCUUCACCUUUGUGAGCUCAUCGACCCUGCUCGCCUUGUUUCUUCUCGGGGCCAGUCUCGCACAUCUCCUCGUGUAUCGUCUGCGUGAAGGCAUCUCGUUUGGCGCCGCGAUCGACCACUGGCGAGUGCCUUUUGCUAUGGUGAUCUAUGGGGCUGUUGCAGCCCCCUAUCCGGCCUCUCUAUGGGCCUACCAUCUGUUCCUGGUCGGGCGCGGCGAGACGACGAGAGAAUACCUGAAUUCCCACAAGUUCGCAAAGGCCGACCGCCAUCGCCCGUUCACACAAGGGAACAUCUUCCGGAACUUGAUCUCGGUACUGAUGCGACCACGACCGCCGACAUAUAUGCAGUUCAAGGCACCGUAUCACGAGGGCGACCAACGGUUGAGCACAGUGAAGCGAAAAUAUCUCCCGCGCCGUGUUGAGCCUCAGACCGACAUUGAGAUGCAGCGGGUGACCCCUGGUCCAGAAUAG